GAAUGCAGACGUCACUGUUCGGAAUGCCACCCGCCGUUUCUUUCCUUUCACAACGACGAGUACGACGCGCGCAGUAACGGCAAGUUCCGAAGCGACGAUGGCCGACGCUCCUCGUCGUGGCAGGGAGCACAACUCUUUGUCUCGCUCAAGCCUGCAGUGGGUAGGCUCGACCCCAGUGCUUUUCCCGCGGCCGGUGGAUGCGACGCAAUUGUUCGACAAUCCAUCUUGGCGCCGCAUCGCAGGGACGACCCGGGACCUUGAAGCGUCAUCCGCGUACGGGGACGACCAUCAGUCCGAAGGAGCCCGGGAGUUGGGACGCCGGUCCGUGGCCGGGGCGCCAGUCCGACUGAACCCGAGUCCGACGACCUCCGGUGGCGGUGAGGGCGGUUCGAGCACGCGGCGCCCAGAAGCAGCGGCGGGCUCCGUCCCUCGGGGCAUGUUUUUGGGUCAGGGCUCGCCCACGGGCUGUGACACGGUCAAGGAGCGCGCGCGCGUGGCGCUCCCACGCAGCGCCGGGGGCGUCGGCGCCCUUGAAAAGCGGCCGUCGUGCGCGACGAGGCUCAGAGCGUCGCCAGCAGUCAUGUCGGUGUCGGCGAUCCACGCGAGCCUGCAGCCCUCGUACCGGCUGCCCAUGGUCCAGGGCUUUCAGGAGCAGUCCCUGGAGAGCGUGUUCCAGCGCAACAAGAACCCCAACGUCAGCGACCUGAUCAUCUUGGCCGCCGAGGUGGGCCUGCCCGUCGAAGCGGUCAAGGUGUGGUUUGAGCACCGUCUGGCCCGCUGGAGACAGUCCCAGGGCCUGCCGGCCAACUGGAGGAUGGUCAACCAGUAGCAGCCGCCCCUGCGACGCUUCCAGCGUCGGACCGUACGACCAACCAAAGAUUCGGACUUUGCACGACGCACUCUGCCAACUCGCAGGCGGUGCUCGUUCGGGCGACGGCUAGCCCGCUGUAUUCGCACUUUCCAGUGAUGUAGGCGCCGCAAAAUGUGGCAUUCUGCGAUACCACCGCGACGGUGACUAUGGCACGUUGUGGGCGUCACACCUGCGCUAUUUCCAUCUUCUUUCGGCGAAAAUCAAGGUCUGUCAAUGCCUCGGGGCACCACAAUGACCGGAGGACCGCAAUCCUCCAGAGUCGCCUAGUUUCUCAACACCACAUCGUCACGAGCACCAUGUACUUUUCGUUAUUUUGCUUUUGGGCUGAUAUAAGUCCUUGGAAUGCUCCCAAAAAACCGGAGUAGCAAACCUUGUUCAUAGACAAGUUAAUGAGUCUGUUACCCAGUAUUGGAGGCUUCGUAAUAACGUCCUCACAAUCUUCAAUCACCCCGCUUCAUUGUAUCUUGCAUCACGGUUAUCGGAAGCGCUAUUCGUAGACUCUGGAGAGUGCGAAAUGACAAAAUGAUUCGAAUAAAUAAAAGCUUCCUUCAACAAGUGCA